ACUCCUGGAAACGGAUCAAAAGUCGCUGAACUCCAUUCAGUCGACGACGGCGUCCACCCACUCGCGACGCUCUUCGGACACCUCUGAGAACUCCAUCGUCAGCGUGUCCAUUGAUCAGCUCAAUCAGAUCUGCAAUGGCUACACUGCCAGCGAGGGCAGCGCCGAUGAUCUGUUUGCCGUCUGGGGGCAGAUCAUCAACGACUGGCCCAACUUCUACAAGAAGCAGAAAAGCUUUAUUCAGGACCUCGUCCGCAAAGGCAUUCCACAAAAUUUACGCGGCCUCGUCUGGCAGCUGCUGUGCAAUGUGCACAACAACCGAACGGCGGUGCGCGAAAAGUACGUGCAGUUCCUACGGCUGCCCUCGCCUUGCGAGAAGGUUAUCAAGCGAGACAUUCCACGAACCUUUCCAGAGCACGACUACUUCAGGGAGAAGGGCAGCCCCGGGCAGGAAGGUCUCUUCAACGUCAUGAAAGCGUACUCGCUCUUCGACUCGGAGGUGGGCUACUGCCAGGGCAGCGCUUUCCUCGUCGGCCUGCUGCUGCUGAACAUGCCUGAGGAGGACGCCUUCACCGUCUUCCAGGCGCUCAUGAGCUACUGCCCGAGCUNGGCGUACUCGCUCUUCGACUCGGAGGUGGGCUACUGCCAGGGCAGCGCCUUCCUCGUCGGCCUGCUGCUGCUGAACAUGCCCGAGGAGGACGCCUUCACCGUCUUCCAGGCGCUCAUGUACGACUACCGACUGAGGGAGAUGUUCAAGCCGACGAUGGCAGAGCUCGGCCUGUGCAUCUACCAACUCGAGUGCAUGGUUCAGGAACUACUGCCCGAGCUGUACAAUCACUUUCAGCAGCAAAAUUACCACACGUCAAUGUACGCCAGCUCCUGGUUUCUGACGCUUUUCACCUCAAACCUGCCGCUGCAUAUCGCCAAUCGGGUGAUGGACCUCUUCCUCUCCGAGGGCAUCGAGAUCAUCUUUCGCCUUUCGAUUGCCAUUCUCCAGAUGUGCCGUGAUGACCUGCUGAAGCUCGACAUGGAGGGCCUGCUCAGGUACUUUCAGAAGGAGAUGCCCGGCCGCUGUGAGAUCGACCCUGACUACCUGGUCAAUCUGGCAAUCAACGUCAAGCUCGAUCAGAAGAAGAUGAAGAAGCUGGCAAAGGACUACUCAACCAUCAAAGCGAAGGAACAGGAAGAAGACUACGCACUGAAAACCGACUGCUGCGUCAGAAGAUUGACGUNUGCAAAGGACUACUCUACCAUCAAGGCGAAGGAGCAGGAGGAGCUGGUGGAAUUGAGGAGACUACGCACUGAAAACCGACUGCUGCGUCAGAAGAUUGACGUCCUCGAGGCGGAGAGCGGCGAGCUGGCGGACAAGCUGAUUCAGGGGCAGGUCUGUCGGGCACAGGAGGCGGAGGACAACUUUGUCAUCAAGCGAGAGCUGGCGGCGGCCAAGCAGACAGAGGUGGAUCUGCGCGCCGAGCUGGAGAAGUCGGCGGCGACGAUCAGCGAGCUGCAGGAGAAGCGGGAGCAGACGGCCUCGCUGGAGUGCCAGGAGCACCGGGCGCUGGUGGAGAGUCUGCAAGAGGAGCUGAUUGCGGUGAAGCUGCGCGACGCGGAGAACAACGAGGAGAUGAAGGGGCUGCGGGAGCGGAUCCGCCAGCUCGAGGAGGAAAUCGCUCACCUGCGAGCGCUUCCCGAUGACCACGCCACCGCGAAGUUGCAGGACGAGCUGCUGGCGGUAAAGCUGCGUGAGGCGGAGGCGAACAAUGGCAUUCGCGAGCUGAAGGAGAAGAUCGCCGAGCUGAGGACGAUGUGGAAUGAGCACAUGAGCAGCAUGCACCCCGACAGCACAGAGUCAUCGCAGCCGAACAGUCUGGAGAAUGGUGGAAACGGUUCCAACAACAGCUCACUGAACAGCAACAGUCUGAACAAUGGCGUCAGCACGACCACUCCCUUGCCCUCCCUCUCCGUCACCUCCAGCCCGCUAAAGAUACUGAACGCGGUAAAACGCAGCUCAGACCAGGCGGUGGAGAUCAACAAGCUGAAGACGGAGCUGAUGUCGGCGAAACUGCGCGAAGCGGAGGCUUUCUCCGACCUGAAGGACCUCCGUCAGAAAGUGAUGGAGCUGGAGACGCAGAACAACGUGACGAUGAACCAGAUCAGGCGUCAGGCGGAGGAGAUGAAACGCCUACAGGAGACGGUGGAGGAGGUGCAGGAGAAGGAGCGCGGCGCACAGACGGCGCUCAACCAGGAGAAGAGCAAGUACUCCGACCUGGACUUUCAGAUGAAGGAGCAGCAGAUGAUGAAACGCAUUGUCGAGCUGGAGCAGACGCAGCUGGUGGCUGAGCUGCGCCAGAAGAUCAGUCAUCUGGAGACAAAGAUUGAGGAGCACGUGACCAAGCUGAAGCUGAGUGAAAGUGCCCUAGAGCCGCAGACGAACGGCGAACUACAGGACCGAAUGGCCGAGCUGCAGACGGAGAUGUUCAGAUUAGACGUGAACAAUAAGAAGCUGCAUACGAUGCACCUGCAGAACGGCAGCGACAUCUGA